CUGUCACCCAGCUUGACCCUCCACACCCAGCUGGGGCAAGCCUGACCCAGCCACAGGCAUGAGGGGCCCCCGGCCGAGAUGACAGUGCUGGCGCCAGCCCGGAGCCCAACCGUGCGUAUUAGCAGGGGCCACAAGUGGUUGCUGCUGCUGCUGCUGCUGCUGAGCCCCAGCCUCCGCGGGACCCCGGACUGCUCCUUCGACCACAGCCCCAUCUCCUCCAACUUUGCUGUCACCAUCAGCAAGCUGCCAGGUCUUGUUCCUACCCCCUCCCCCCAGUCUGACUACCUGCUGCAAGACUAUCCAGUCACAGUGGCCUCCAACCUGCAAGACGAAGAGCUCUGCAGGGCACUCUGGCGGCUGGUGCUGGCCCAGCGCUGCCUGGAGCGGCUCAAGGCGGUGGCUGGGGCCAAGAUGCUGGUCCUCCUGGAGGCGGUCAACACCGAGAUCUACUUUGUAACCUCAUGUGCCUUCCAGCCCCUCCCCAGCUGUCUUCGCUUCGUCCAGACCAACAUCUCGCACCUCCUGCAGGACACCUCGGCGCAGCUGCUGGCGCUGAAGCCCUGGAUUACCCGACGCAAUUUCUCCCGCUGCCUGGAGCUGCAGUGUCAGCCGGAAUCCUCCACCCUCCCGCCUCCACGGAGUCCCGGGGCCCUGGAGGCCACAGCGCGGCCGGCGCCUGCUCCGCCCCUGCUGCUGCUGCUGCUCCUGCCCGUGGCCCUCGUGCUGCUGGCCGCGGCCUGGUGCUUGCAAUGGCGAAGGGCGAGGUGGAGGAUGUCCUACCCUGGGGAGCAGGACAGGCCACUGAGGCAUCCCCUGCCAGAGGAUCCACCGCCCGGACCAGCAGCACCAAGAGACCGGAGGCUGGAGGCCGGCUCCUUCGCCCUCUGCCCAGCAUGGAGGCCACGCCAGGACCCAGCCCCAGCAGUGUCGCUCGCCCCGCUCUGUGCAGAGCCCCUUCCCCCGUGACUCUGGACAUAAACCCCCCUUCCCGAUCUG